CCUCAAACGCGUGUACCGCGCUCGUUAAAGAAAGGACGUUUCAAAAAAAGUUUGGACUUGGCUGAGAAGGAGCGGGGAGGGGAGGGGGGGGAAACUUGAGGUCGACCGACAAACUUCCUUCUCGUAUUGACUUGCGUAAUAAACGUUACGAGCACCGCCCCUCCGCCCACCCCCACCCCGCUCCAGAAACAAACGACUGCUUGGUAACAGUGCGGAGCGGCGCCGGCCAGAAGGCGGAAGAGAGAGAGAGAUCAGAGAGUCUGUCAACCGAGAGCGGCUCGGCGGAGAGUGGAGCAUGUCCGUCAAGGCCACGCAGCAGGCGGAACACGCCGGCCUGCCCAAGUUCCUGUCAGCGCUGUUUUACGCCGGCGCUUCGCUCCUCAUCACUGUGGUGAACAAGACCGUUCUCACUAACUUCCGAUUUCCAUCGUACCUAUGCCUAGGAAUUGGCCAGAUGAUCGCCACCAUUGUUAUCCUUUAUGCUGCAAAAGUGAACCAAAUAGUUCAAUUUCAGGACUUUGACAAAGGUAUUCUCCUCAAAAUUUUCCCCCUUCCCUUGCUUUAUGUGGGAAACCAUAUAACAGGACUCGCAAGCACCAAAAAGCUAAGCCUGCCCAUGUUCACAGUGUUACGAAAAUUCACCAUAUUGAUGACAAUGAUUAUGGAAGUCUAUAUAUUGAGAAAAACAUUUCCAAAUCGUCUCAUCUACAGCGUCGUGGCCAUAGUCCUUGGUGCCUUGGUCGCUGCAAGUUCUGACCUGGCCUUCGAUGUGGAGAGCUACACUUUCAUCCUGCUGAACGACGCCUUCACUGCUGCCAACAAUGUGUACACCAAGAAAAAAGUAGGCCCUGAGGGUCUUGGGAAAUAUGGUGUCUUAUUUUACAAUGCUGUCAUCAUUGUCAUCCCUACUGCCUUGGCAAGUGCAUUCACGGGAGACUUGUACAAGGCAGCCAUCUUUAAGGACUGGAUGAAAGUCACCUUCAUUAUUUGUUUCUUUAUGUCCUGCAUCAUGGGGUUCGUGUUGAUGUACUCCAUAGUUCUCUGCAGCCAUUAUAACUCAGCACUUACUACCACAGUUGUUGGUGCAAUAAAGAAUGUUGCAGUGGCCUACAUUGGGAUAUUUGUAGGUGGAGACUACCUGUUCUCUUGGACAAACUUCCUGGGCCUCACUAUUUGUAUGUUGGGUGGACUUAUGUACUCAUACCUGACCUUUAGCAAAACGUUAUCAGAAGAUAAAGCGGAACAAGGGAACUGAAGAUUUUCAUUGAAGAAGAUUACGCAGACAAACGCCCCACCAAUUAAACUGACAAUAUUCCCCUAAGCUUGUUCUUAGCACUAUUCUGCUCCAUAUUGGAACAAAUGACUUAUUCUUCCCAUUUUGUGCUCUUAUACCAAUCAUGUAAUCCAAUAAACUAACAGAAAAUGGAAAUCA